AUGCAAUUCAUUCUUCCUGCGCUGGCUUUGUUCACGACGGCACUUGCUCAACAGCAGUGUUACCGACGACAACUGCCGCAGGGUUACCCACCCCAAGGUACCAUCACCGUACAGUUUCCCAAUGGAGUCAACCCUGGUUUUGGACCGACCGCAUGCCAGCAGGUGAACAAUUAUGGGUAUGUUGUAUUUCUAGCCAUCACUGCUCAAAAGAAUGAAGUCGCUAAUCGAGGCUGCUAGAUACGUGGCCGAGAUCAACUACCGUUCGGUGGUGAGUAUACCUACUUCGUGAGCUCGAGCCCAGGAGACUGACGGAUGAUUCUUGGUAGGACUUUUGCAACUAUGGACAACGAUACGUGGUCCAGACUUGCGAUUUCCCCUGCUGCAAAGCCUUGGUAUGUUUGCAAAGCCAGCCAAUUUUCCUUCGAUGUCAAUACCUCGGCUAAACGGUAUCUAGGCUGCCGUCGAUGGGUCGGCUGGUACUUGCGUGUGCGGCCUUUAA